AUGGCGGGCAAAGCUGGUAAGAAACAGGCUCAGACUAAUUUGGCAGUCCUAUCGAGACUCUACCAAGUCUCAUUGCCCAUUGUGGCUCUCGCAAUCUUAAAACAGUUUUACCUUGGCGAAGGAUUCGGUGCAUUAUUACGAUUUGCGCUAUUGCAUGUACCAAUGAUCGGCUGUAUAUACGUGCUGGACAAAUCUGGAAGACCUCAUUUCGAUUCAAAGGGCAAGCUUCUACGUGAAGGCUCUGAUCUUUCUCAAACAGGCGGACUCACCGAAUACCUCUUUGACCUUGUCUACUUAUCGUUGUUCGGCGAUUUUGGCAAGAUCUUAUUUAGCACAAACAAGUUAUGGUAUGUGCUACUGCUAGUGCCCGUAUAUGCCGGUUGGAAGCUCUACGGGCUCAAAAACCAAUUCAUGCAAAAGCAACAGCAACAGCAACAGCAACAGCAGCAGGCACCUCAACCUGAAGCUGAAGCCAGGUCAAAGAGACAACAAAAGCGUGAAAAGAGAGGCGAUAGACCGCACGUCAAAUAUAGAUAG